UCAGACUUAGGUUACAAUAUGUUCCGCGCCAUGGCGAGCCGCGAUGCCGGCGCCAACGUCUUCCUGGCCCCCAUCAGCGUGUCGGCGGCGCUGACGCAGCUCUCCAUGGGGGGGUCUGAGCAGGCUCAAAGGCAGCUGUUCAGGGCCCUGAGGUACCACAGCCUCCAGGACCCUCAGCUCCACAACACCCUGAAAGACCUGCUGGUCUCCGUCAGGACGCCUGGAAAAGGCCUGAGCACGGCCGCUCGCAUCUACAUGGCAAGACGACGUGUGAAGCAGGACUUCUUCUCGCUCGGGAGCAGCAGUACGGAGUCCGUCCAAAGUGCUGCAGGGAGGAACAAAGACGUGAAGGAAAUCAACGACUGGUGGCUCGGAGACCAGCGGAAGUGCAGCGCUCCUGGAAAGCCCUACCUCGACUCCGGGGGACUCGGAGCGCGUUACUCAAGGUCGUUCCGCUGUCAGGAUGGGAUCGUCGUCAAGGCCUGA